AUGAGUCUUUACACGCGUUAUGUUUCGGGAGAACACGAUAAAGAGCACUUUGAAGCAAAACAAAGACAAAUCAGUCACCAUGGAAAGAAAACAAACCCAAAUGACCAAGUAGCCAAGGAGAGCAUUCAACUACCAUUUUUCAAUGAUGACCCUGAUGACUAUACGAGCGAUAUACACGAUCAAAACAAACUGUUAUUAACUUGGUUGCGUAUUUUUCAACGUGCUGCAAUAUUUGUGGGUUAUGAUGACCUCGUGUUCAACCAUGUUGUGUCAAUAGUCUAUCAAGUUGCAAACAAGAACAAGCUUUCAACUCAAUCGAUAACCAAAUUUGGUCUUGCAUCUUAUCCUAAUUUGAAAUUGGAUUCAAAUUCUCGAUUUUGGCCCAGUUGCGAAAACCUCAUACCUCAACAUCAAAAAUCUCAUGUACGCCAAGCAUUAGCCAUUCUGAACUUGAAGAAUUCAAAUAGGUUGUUGAAUCAUCAUCAUUUGAUGCAGUUGCCUAUGUGGGAUGAAACUAAUGCUGGUGCACUAGCGAGUGCAAUGACAUUAGUGCAGAACAAAUCACCAGAAGAAGUUGGAAAAAAACUUGUUGAACUUGGAUUGGUUCAAAAUCAAAAAGUAUGUUCUUUUACAGUUGAUGUGAUAUAUGAUAACGAUAAUGUAAAGGAUGAAAUAGUGGAGGAGAAUAACUUAAUGGUUUCGUUGUUGGGAGAACAAUUGGAUCAGAUUUUUAAUCCAUUAUUGGAGUAUGCACCCGAGGAAAUAAAAUCUUCAUACAUACCUUCUAUGGAUAGGAAUCUUGUACAUUUCCUGAAUUCUAAAAUACAAUCCAUCUUGGAUGAGCUUAUAAAUGUUCAGACAAAUUAUACUGCCGGAUUGGUAAAUCUACUACAAACGUUCAUAAUACCAUUAAGGAUCAGUGUGAUGGGACAUGAGAAUGUAAACUCAUCUAGUGCUAUACAAAAAAUCAAUCAAAUUUUUCCACCUACUAUUGAUGAAAUCACAAGAGUCAAUUGCUUAUUAAAUGAUGCAUUGUUAAAAGCUCGUAAAGUGGAUGACGUUGAAAUAAUUGUUGCUAUGGGAACAGUUAUGCCAUAUUUCUAUAAACCGUUUAUACGACAUGAAGCAAAUGUGAAGCAUUUCAAUGACCACUUGAUCAAAUUCGCCCAAAAGUACAAAAAGAGUAUAUUUGAAAACAGGGAGAUCAACUCUUCGCAAUAUACUGUACGUGAAAUUGAUUCAAUUGUUACUGGCGCAUUAUUGGAACUACCAAAGUUUAAACUUUUGUUACAAAGACUACAUGAAGCAAUUGAAUUUGAAGAGAUACAAUUGCGAAAUUUUGAUAAGGAGAGGAGUACCGAUACUUUACGAUUGAUUAAUCUGUAUUAUGAAUCAGCUAUGGAUGUCAUUUAUGCAUUUUCAGGAGCUGAUGAACAGAAAGUGGAAGCGAAAAGACGAGUGUUUACCCCUACGGGUAGAAUGUUGACUGAAAUAGCUGGGAACUGGCCUCCUGAGCUUCAGUUCGAUUGGAAUUCAAGGAAAAUUGUUGGGAUUUUCCAAUUACAAAAUGUUGCAUCGACAAACACAACUGGAUCGGAGAUUUUAGUUGUGUUUUCAGAUUAUUUGUUGUUUUUCACUGUUGAAGAUGGUAAUGUAGAGGUUGACAAUGAUAACAGGAAGAAAUUAUCAGUUGCUGAUGCCUUGAUGCAUUCUUUGGUUAAUGAAAAACCAAUGCCAAACUUGGAAGCUUUUCCUGCAAUGCAGGUGACGGCAUGGUGUCGUAUUGAUGAGGUACUAGUUACCAAGUACUCGGCACUAAAUGAAAAGAAUACCGAAAUUGACUGUCUUCGAUUCCUUUCGUUAAACUCUAAUGGGUUUAGUUCCUCCACCAAUAAAGCAAGGACAUUUGCCCGUAAUUACAAAGCCACAGUUAAACGUGUACCAGUUGAAGAUAUUAUCAUUGCCGUUGAGAAAUCAAAAAUUCUUCACAAGUCAUCGUCUUUCCAUUUAUUCAAAUCAAUAAACAAUGACAUGAAUAUUAGCUAUACUGCUCAGUCUAUUUCUGAUUAUGAAACAGAGAUCUUCAGACUGCCAUUUGCAUUGAUUUUGAAUAUGGAUAUUGAUGUGCCUUCCUAUUUUGAGGAACAUCCUCAAUUGCUUUUGUUACUACAGGCUUCGAUGAUUAAUGAUAAUGAAAUGAGAGUUACUGGGUAUGAUAAAUGUUCCAAGGAACAGAUUAAUGAUAUUAUUGAGAGUAAGCAAUUAUCAAGCUUUCUUGAGCAGAUGGUUAAAAAGACAUUUCAUAGUUUGUUUUCGACCUAUAAUUCAGUGACACAUAAUGCAAUUGAGGGAAAGUCAUGGAAUUUGAAGUAUUUAGUUGACUAUUAUCUUACUGAUAGGAUCGAUUCAGAGAAACAAGACUCAACAAAACCAAAGUCCACAAAUAUGGGUCAAUCGAAAGUGGAACCAUCUUCGAAUCACCAUAAUGCUCCUUCAAAGCCCCUGUCUUCAAAAAGCUCGAUAUUAAGCAGACUACAUUUGAAGAAAGCCAAAAAGUCAACCACGCAAACUCGAGAGCCAAAAACAAAGAGGAAAGUAUCAAAUACAUUUAUUCCACAAGGAACAAAACUUGAAUACAAAGAGAUUUACAAACCUAUUCCAACGCUUCAAAAAAGAGAAAUGUCAUCAACUAGCACAGUUAUUGAAAACAAGACAGAACCACUGAGCGAGGGAAAUAAACGAUGUACUUCAGUCCCAUCGAUUGAUGUAUCGCCUAAUUUCCAAUUUCCCCUUCAAAUUGACAACAACUUGGACGAGAUUGAAACAAAUGCCGUGGCUUCAAUUAAUCAUGAAACUAGUACAAUUAAACGACUUUCGACGAUGGAUGAUAUUUCCAUGGUUUUGAAAAUGUCACAAGAACCUUCUUUUGUUGGUGAUUACUUUUAUGAUGAGUAUGACCUGACACCCAAUUGGGAGUAUUUCAACAUGAAGAAUGAAAGUGGUGGUAACAUGUUUAAACAAGAGAUCAUGGGAAUAAAUCUGCAACUGGGAAAUAUUGGUGAUUUGGUAGAGAUUGAUGAGGAAGCUGUGAUUAAUUCAGCAGCUGAUGAACAAAAUAGCCAAGUGCAACACUCCGGUGAAGGUAUUGAUAGCGGCGCAGCUUUGGACCAUCAUGAGCCAAACUCAUUAGCCCAUGGAGUCACAGAGAGAUCUCAAUUUGAUCCACCUUUUUCGAUGUUCAUCCCAAAUGCAACUAAUACUCGCAAGCCAUCAAAUGAAUCACUGAUAUUUUCCCAAGCUGCACAAACCCCCACCCCCUUCAACACCUUUGCGACUCCUCCAUUGUCAAAUAAUACAGAAGGUCUACUUUCAACCCGUAAUACCCACAAUAACUACUCGAAACCUAUCCCACUUAAACAAGUGUCUAGACUACCUCGUGAUGAAUCAGUCAAAUCAAUUAGUGCUCAUGAAUAUGCUAUUGAAUUUAGUCGAUUGAUUGAUGCUGAAUUUAGUAAACCACCAUUGGAUGCCGCGAUAGGCUCCUUGUCCACCACGACCAUGACAAAGACACCUAUGUUGAUUAGUCCAUCGACAACGAGCUUGACUCCAUUUCAUACGAAUUCAAGUGUGGUAACUCUUGUUAGUAAUUCAUCAAACAAUGCGGAAGUAUCAGAAGAAGAGGCUUAUUCGUCAACUGAGGAUCAAGAGGGAGGAAUGCAAGCUCAGCCAGUCUUGCACAAGGAGUUGAAAAGUACGCAAGAGACUCUAAUUGCCCCAAAUGCGUUUAAUAAUAUGCAUCUGAGUGAGACUACAACAAAGCCAUUGAAUGAAUAUAUGAGAGAUGAUUCAAUUUCGCAACUUACUAACUUAUUACAAAAUUCAAUCAAAUUUAAUGAUUUCAGCAUCGAAAUGUUUCGUUGA